UUGUUUUGUUUCUCAUAAAAUGGAAGAUGAUCAAGAAGAGCAGGAUAGGGAUACAGUUGGCAAAAUGAUGAUUGAGACCCUUCAUGCAGACACGCUAAAAGAAUAUCAAGAUAUAUUUUCAUUCUUCGACAGGGAUGGAGGCGGAUCUAUUACAGUGUUGGAGCUAGGCCAGGUGAUGAGAACUUUUGGAUGGGAUCCCACAGACGCGGAGCUCAGGGAUAUGAUAAAUGUGGUGGACCAGGAUGGAAAUGGACAAAUUACCUUUAAUGAAUUUGUUUGGCUUAUGACGAGGGAGUUCCACGAUACCGAACUAGAAGAAGAAAUUCGAGAAGCUUUUAGAGUUUUUGAUAAAGAUGGACACGGGUUUGUGACCUCUCAAGAAAUGGCGACUGUUUUGCAAUCCAUCGGAGAUCCUUUAAGCCCAGAGGAGACAGAGGAACUGAUAGAUGAAGCGGAUAUCGAUGGAGACGGGAAUAUCAACUAUGAAGAAUUUAUAACAAUACUGUUUAAGUUCAUGUUUUUAGAGUCAGAAAGGUUUAAAGAAGAAUUGAUAAAGGCUAUCAUCAUAAAUAUCCAGAUUAUUUCUCUGUAAAAGAAUUCUCGAUCAAUGAAAACACAUUAUAGCAUUUCACCAUGGAUCUGUAUUCUAUAUGUGAUAUAAUUACGAUUUGACUAAUACAAAUAUAUUAUUAAAAAAUA